AUGGUGGAGGAAGAAAACACUCUAAAUAGCGUCGCUGAUAAACAUCUAUCGACGACCCUUGCAACGUUGAUCGAGUCCCCAAGAAUCAACAAUAUUCAUGAAAUUGUAAGCGAGUGCACGACAACGACUACGACAACGACAACGGACACAUCCGCAUCUCAAUCCCCAACACCUCAGUCGCCAAAAGCAAGGAAAACAGCUCAAAAAAUCCUCGACGGACGUCUGGAAAAUGUGGAAUUCGUCGAAUAUGCAAAUUUCUUGGGCUCAGCAGAAAACGCUGCAGUGCUGCGGGAGUUUGUGCAGCUGCUACAUCCGCUGCCGGGCUCUCUCACAUCAACUUUGAAAAAACUCUCAGGAAGCAUCUAUUUCAUCGCAGAAGCAGCCAAUAUCGACACCAUUUUGGAGGUGCUUGCCAAGCAAUGGCUGGCAGAGCACAAGAAACCGCACUACAAGAACGACUACCGACUGUGUCACAUCGUGUUGUUUGCGCUACUCAUGCUCAAUUCAGCGCUGCAUAACUCGGCCACAGAUUGUAGGUUCUCGCUGCAAGACUUCAGAGAUAACACUGUGUAUGCACUUAAAAAAGAAUGCAGCGAUAUCGACGUGCCGAGUUUUGAAAGAGAGCUAACGUUAUGCUACUUGUCGUUGGAGAGCCAAGAAUUGCCGCUGUUGAGCCAUCCACGCCGCCCGGCUCGACACCAUCUCAGCAAACGUAGUGAGCCUCGUCAACCCAACGGCAACAAUAGCGGCAGCAAUAUGAAAAAGCGUUCGAUUUUGUCCAUGCGUCCAAAUUCCUUAGAACGUAUGCACUCAAAUUUGUCUACUGCUUCAAGUGUGAACAGCUCUUCAACAUUUUUAUCCCGCGAAACCACAGCCAUCAGCAACUACUUAAUGCGCAACAAGCAGCCCCUAGCGAAACUGUACGCCGAGGAAUCAUUCGACGAGGAAAUGCAAGAACUAGCCAAUUCUCCCUGGUUCAUCGAUACCGUGGUGGAAGGCCAAGAAGCAACAAACUCCAACAGCUCCACAUCACAACUCCUGGCGCCAUCAAGUACCCCAAAACGCAAACUUCUCUCGUGGCUCAGGAAAGGCUCAAAGGACACGCUUUUCCGGGAAAAUGCUCACGCUGCUAUGUCGCAUACUGGUUAUCGCGCACGCAUAAGAGUGUACCAGGGACGCUUGUUCGUUUACAAAUUUAAGCUACCGGGACUUGAUCGCAUAACAUCCAGCCAGAUCCAGAGCUGGGACCUAGAAGUUUGUCGAAGAAACUGCUCGCAUUUGCAUGUUUACAAUCUGUAUGGGACACUGGCAGCAGUGGUACAGGAAAACAUUGUAGCGAGCCACAAAUCUAAUGUCAGUACCACGAGCCUCACUCUCGAGUUUCCGCACGGGAUCGACUCCACGAGCGGACUUGCAUUCCGGUUUCAGACCGGCAAUUUGGAAGAAGCUCAGCAUCUCGCUGCAUGUCUGAAUUUCUGGGCAGCACGAAUCACACCAAUUCCGUCAGCACAGGCGGAAAUGAUAUCAAACGAAGAGUAUGGGUGGGGCGAAAACCUGCUGAAUGGCCAGAGCGCUGUAACACAAGUGAAACUAAGAAAAUGGACCCCACUGGUAAGUCUGGAUGCCCUUUUCGCAGAUCUCGAUGAAAGCAUUGCGAUGUGGGAUUUUGAAUCCCAAUUGCGAGAUUUGGAGACUUUCACCGACACGCUGGGCCUACAGCUAGACGCCCACAACGCUCUCAAACCUCGCAUGGUCAAAGUGUGGUCGUCAAAUGCCACAGCAUCUCAUGAUCAUCUAUUUGAAUCUGCUAUGGAUAACUGGAACAACAAAUACCUUUACCUCAACCAGCAGUUCAGCAAGCAUCUUGUAUACCUCAAAGCACUGCAAAAUGCCUCACAGCUUCUGGACAAGCACGGCAAAAGAGACAUCGGGAGUUGA